ACGACCACCACCCCCCAUCACCCACACCCCGCUUCCGACAUGUCCGGAAACGUCCCCAUCAACCGGAACGCCGACCUCACGGCGCCCACGCCGCAGAACACGCCGCUGAGCAAUGCGCCGCUCACGCGCGAGGCGCUCAGCCGCCCCACCGUCGGCACCAUUGGCGAGGAGGCCGAGGACGGCCAGGCCAGCGACCUCGCUGCUGCCAUGCAGGGCAACCCGGCGAUUGCCAGCAUGAUCCAGAGCAAGCUCUCGGGUCUCGUCGGCCGCUCGUCGGGCUACCUCGAGUCGCUGCCUGACCACAUCAAGCGCCGCGUCGAGGGCCUGAAGGGCAUCCAGGUCGAGCACGCCAAGGUCGAGGCCGACUUCCAGAAGGAGAUUCUCGAGCUCGAGAAGAAGUACGCCGAGCGCUACCGCCCGCUGUACGAGCGCCGCGCCACGAUCGUCGAGGGCUCCGUCGAGCCGACGGCCGAGGAGGUCAAGGCCGGCGAGGCCUCGGACCCGCCGGAGGAGGACGACGAGGACGAGGAGGAGGCCGAGGAGCCCAAGAAGAGCCUCGCCGACGCCAAGGCGCCCGCCGAUGCCGCCAAGGGCAUCCCCGAGUUCUGGCUCACGGCGCUCAAGAACCACGUCGCCCUCUCCGAGCUCAUCACCGAGCGCGACGAGGAGGCGCUCAAGGCGCUGCGGGACGUGCGCAUGAGCUACCUGCCCGGCACGCAGGCCGGCUUCAAGCUCGAGUUCGUCUUUGGCCCCAACGACUUCUUCACGAACUCGAGCCUCAACAAGACGUACUACUACCAGGACGAGGUGGGCUACUCGGGCGACCUGGUCUACGACCACGCCGAGGGCGACAAGAUCGAGUGGAAGGAGGACAAGGACCUGACGCACAAGGUCGAGACGAAGAAGCAGCGCAACAAGAACACGAACCAGACGCGCACCGUCAAGCGCUCCGUGCCCGUCGAGUCGUUCUUCAACUUCUUCUCGCCGCCCAAGCCGCCCACGGGCGAGGAGGACGGCGAGGAGGCCGACCUCGACGAGCUCGACGAGCGCCUCGAGCUCGACUACACCAUCGCCGAGGACCUCAAGGACCGCGUCAUCCCGCACGCCGUUGACUACUUCACCGGCAAGGCCCUGGCCUACGAGGACGAUGACUUCGGAUCGGAGGACUUCGAGGAUGACGAGGAUGACGAGGACGAUGAGGACGACGCGCCCGCUGCCCGCCGCGGCCAGCUCGGCGUCUCUGCCGGCUCACAACAGCCGCAGGAGGAGUGCAAGCAGCAGUAAAGAAGGUCUUGCUGACCGUCUAGCGGCUCCGCCACCUCUGUAGGCCCGCUCAGCCAUAUGCACCCGCCCGUGACGCGAAACGAAGCUGCUUCCCGCCUCGACACCGCUCCGGCCUUUAGACUUCCUUCUCUUCCCCUGGCCGCUGUGCUGCGCCCAUGCCUUCUGCCGCAAUUCACGGCCCUCUGUUCCACGCCUUCACAGCUCAAAAGCAGUCUAUGCAAGUGUACAGUGACCGAGGGCCCA